GCCCCCCGCAUCACAUGAGGGAACUUCGGGCCAAUGGCGCCGCGGCGGGGCCGGGGCCCCGCUCGCUCCCGCGGACGCUCAUUCAAAACGCGGCCGGGCUCGGGUGCCCGCAGCCCCGCACGGCGCCCGGGGCUCGGCGGGGCGGGCGCUGCCGGCCGCGAUGCCCGGCGCGGCCGCGGGCUGAGGCGGCCGCCCGCCCGCCGCCAUGCCGGUGAAGAACCGGUACAACCUGGUGGACGAUGGCUGCGACUCCCGCGUCCCGCUGCACAACGAGGAGGCCUUCCAGCACGGCAUCCACUUCCAGGCCAAGUACAUCGGCAGCUUGGACGUCCCCAGGCCCAACAGCCGCGUGGAGAUUGUGGCAGCCAUGAGGAGGAUCCGGUAUGAAUUCAAAGCCAAGAACAUUAAGAAGAAGAAGGUGAGCAUCAUCGUGUCCGUGGACGGGGUGAAGGUGAUCCUGCGCAAGAAGCAGAAGAGAAAGGAGUGGACCUGGGACGAGAGUAAGAUGGUGGUGAUGCACGACCCCGUGUACAGAAUCUUCUACGUCUCUCAUGACUCACAAGACCUGAAUUUCAGCUACCUCGCAAGGGACGGCGCCAACAACUCCUUCAGGUGCAACGUCUUCAAAUCCAAGAAGAAGAACCAGGCGAUGCGCGUGGUGCGCACCGUGGGACAGGCCUUCGAGGUGUGCCACAAGCUGAGCCUGCAGCACGCCCUGCACAACGCCGACGGGCAGGCGGACGGGGCCAGCGACAAGUCAGCCGAGGAGCAGCCGCUGGAAGUCCACCAGAUAAAGGGCUCCAAGAUCACGGAUGUGGACGAGGUUGGCAUCGACACGGAGGGCAUCUGUAUGUCUGAGAGGGGACCCAGAGAGCUGUCAGGUGCCAGGGGAGACCUUGGCAUGCUGAAACCUGGGCAAGCCUCAAAGGAUAAGAACGGCCAGGAUGCCGAGAACUGCUCCCUACACCUGGCCAGCUCCCAGCAGCUGCUCAGCCCGAGCAGCCCCUGCUCCUCGGCCUCCAUCACCCCGCUGGCCUCCCAGCACUGCCUCCAGCUGCUCCAGCAGCAGCUCCUCCAGCAGCAGCAGCAGACGCAGGUGGCUGUGGCCCAGGUGCAGCUGCUGAAGGACCAACUGGCGGCCGAGACAGCGGCGCGGAUCGAGGCGCAGGCCCGUUGCGACCAGCUCCUGCUGACCAACCGCGACCUGCUGCAGCACGUCUCGCUGCUGGUGCGGCAGCUCACGGUGCUGGAGGCCCGCGAGGAGCAGCGGGAUGAGCACCGGCAGCCGGUUGACCGCUCCUUGCAAAACCUGUCCCUGGCCCAAUCCCUCUCCCUGAACCUGAAGAACCACUACAGCCUGGACGUCCACCUGCCGUCCACCUCCACCCCCGCCAGCAUCCUGGGCAGCCCCGUGGCCCCCGGCUCGCUGCCCACCCUGGGCCCCAGGGACUCCUACCUCAACCUCGUCAGCCUGGACAGGGGCAGCCACCGCUGCAGUAGCAAGGAGGGGGACGAGUGCCUGGCAGUGCUGGAGGGGCAGGACGGGCUCAGCCGGCGCGUGGAGGGCUCCGAGGUCAGUGACUUCGCUCUGCUCAACGGGAGCAGCCGGCAGAAGGCGGAUGACACGGACAGAGGGGACGAGGACAGGCGGCAGCCACCCAUUCCCAAGCUCAACCCACCACCGCCCAUCCUACGCAAAAGGUCAAGCAAGACCUCCCCGAGCCUGGAGGUGGAGGUGAAGCCUGAGAGCGCUGCCAACCUGAGCCUGCCCAGUGCCAGCAUCUCCAGCCUCACCAGCAUCACUGCCAGCUCCCUCACCCUCUUGGACUCUGAGGCAAGGACUCCCGCACGGAGCACUGCCUCCAGCACGGAGCCCGGCCCUGCUGGGAUGUGCCAGCGCAGCCUGGGCAAGGACAGGACUGGAGAGAGCGGGCCAAUGUCCCCCUUGGCCAGCAUCCAUGACCCAGCAGCCAGUGAAACCUUGGCCAAGGAGUUGGCAGCCCUGGGCAGCCCCACAGACAGCUCCCUGCCCUUCUCCUCUGCGGACGACACCUGCUUGCACAUCAGCUUCUCUGAGGAUGAGCUGGACACUGCCAUGGGGCCCAGCAGGGUCCUCUCUUAGUGGGACUGCAGUGGGUGGCAGCUGGUGGCAGCAGCCUCAACAGCUGCGUCCACAACCCUAUGCUGGGGUUGGGGGUCCCUGUGCCCAGGCUGCGAGGCAGGUCCCCUUGCUGUCCCCAUCCCACAUAACAGCUCCCCCCACCACCUGCGGGGCCACCGCACAGGAUGGGACCUGGCCAGCCCUGCCCUUGGUCUGCACCAGCUCACACUGCCAUCCACUGUCCUGUCCCUGCUCACACAGCCAGGGAUGCUCCACGGCAGAAAACCCCUGGGAACUGAAGGGUGGAAGCCCUGGGCAGGGCACGACGCAGCGCUGGGAACACCCACACACGAGGCUGUUCUGGUUCACCGGUUGCUGCCCUUGGUAGCCUGAGCAAGGCCAUGUGGCACAGCCACAGUGUCACUCCCCUGCCCAGCUCCCCAAGGCGGGUCUCAGGCUGCCCCCCCCACUGCCACCAUGCUGGGUCUCUCCAGAGCAACCUGUGUCUACCAGUGCCAUGCUGUGCCCAGCCCAGCUUUGGGGACAGCAGCCCCACCACUGUGUUCCCACACGGCGAAGCCACCACUGCCUCCCUCCACAGGUGCCUUUUUCCCACUUUUCUAGCACCCACGCCCACAUAGGCUGGGGACCACCCCUGAGGCCACAGAUGGGUGCAGGGCUGGCCCUGGGAGCUGUGGCAGUGGGAGGCGACUCCCAAGAAGGGAAAGGAUGCAUCCCAUGUCUUGGGAUCUUGCUGGUGGCUGCAGGCAGGAGGCUGCUCCUUGCACUGGUUUAGGGUGUUACAGUGUGGUUUGGGUUUGGUCUGGGAAGCGUAACUGUCCUGGAAGGAGUUAAGGUCUAAGGAAGAGUGUUGGGUGAAGGGCAGGUUUUGGGGAGGGAACAAGGGGAUGCUUAUCCACCUUGGCUGGUUGUGAGAGGGUGUUGGGAAAGUGUUGGAGAGUCAAGUUGGGAAGUGUCGAGCGGAAAUGGAGACUUGGGGCAGCCACACUGCCUGUCCCUGACACUGCUGCUCCCACAGGGAGAUAGGGGUGACAGGACAUGCACCCCAGAGCCGGCCAUGGCAGUGACAGGGCUGGGAGGGGGCUGGUGACGGGGCUGGGGGCUGUAAAGCUGGGCUGGGCUGUACCAUAGUGCGGUAGCGACAGCCCAGCCCGUCCAUAGGAUGAUGUGUCCGUUCACUGAGGUUCCGUAAUGGACUUUUAAAGGAAAAAAUAAAGGUGUCGGAUUUGCAGAGCCAGUGCUGUGUCUCUGCCCCACGGGGCCCACGCAGAGGAAGUCCUGAGCCUGUGGGGUUAGACUCUGGACUGUACAGGUAUUCCCAAAGAGGGAAGAUUCCUGCUGGGAAUGACAGCUGAGCCCCUGAGCUGCCAGCCCACUCCCUACACCCUCCCCAUCCUGCAGCCCCAGUGCAGGUCCCAGCAGCUCCCUCUGCUCCCCCUGGCAGGCUGGUGACAAUGGGAGGUCCUGUGUCCCCACACAUGCUGCCACAGGGCAGAGGGAUUCCAUAGUCAGGGAUGGGCCCAUCUCCAGUGAACCCCUCCUGUCCCAGGCCCAGCAGCACCCACGCGGGCUGCAUGGCACUGACCACCACCUGCCACAGCUUCCACCAGGAUGCCCUUUCUAGGCCCCAUUUCUGCUCCCAAAGUAAAUCCUGGCCUCAGCACACAGGAUGUGAGUACAAGACGGGAGUAGGCAAAUGGCAGGCAGGUGGCAAAGCUUGAUGCAGGAUGGGAUGGGACCAGUGGCAUGCCAGGGUUCUGGGACACCCCAGGGGCUGCCUGCAGCCAGGAUAGGCAAGAGAGCCCCUGCCCUCCUCCUCAUCCUCACCCUGCAGUGCAAGGAAGGGAACCCAUGUGCAAUUCAGCACUGAGGCUCUAGGACAGACCCUGAGAUCCUCCCCCUGUGCAGGAGAGGGGACUCAACUGGAGUGACCCAGCACCCAGGACCUCUGGGGUCCCAGGGCUACUCUCCAUCCCUCCACAGAGUGGGUACAGUCUCCAGCAGGACAGAGUGGGGAACAGGGAGCCCUUUCCCCGGGCCCACCACAGACAUCUGCCGGGGGGGCUGCCUGCAUGGGGAGGGGGCACUUCCAGCCCAGAGCCUUAUUAUGCUUCCUUCAUGGGAAGAAACUUUUUCCUUUGCUGUCUGCUAAGCUGCUAGCAAUCAUCAGGCAGGCAGGUGGUAAAGAUUCAUAUCCAUCAAACAAUGCCAUUUAGUUUGUAACCUGUGACUAAAUCUGGUGUUAGCUUUAAUUUCAGAGUCUGCUUUAGGGCUCGCUUGUUAAUCUCUAUGCAAAGCAGAUGAAAUGAAUAUGCAGCAUUUUGGAUGUAAUUGUACGGCUUCAAUUCAGCACUAUAAUUUUCCAAACAGGAUCUUGCAAUCAAGCUUCUAUUCAUUAGUGUAUAAACAAUUUAGUUUCUCAGCUCUCCAGUAUGCCAAUCAUCUCAAUGGAGUGAGCAUCUCCGACAGAAAGAGGAGGAAAGUUUCCUUUGUGUAACAGAGGUAAAAGUUGCUCCAUACUUCAGACAAUUCCUGCCCAACAGAUCCAGGCCAUUCCCACAGAAGGGGGUGGUUCCUGGUGCCCCCACAACACUGACCAGCUGCAAACAGCACCCUGGGGAGUGACGUCCCAGUGAUCUCCCAGCUCAUGUAGCCCCAGGCCCCUCAGGAACUCUGCAUGUGAGACCCCAGGAUCAGGCUGCCUGGAAAGGUGAGACCAUGCAGCAACACAGCACGUCCCAGUGAUCCCUGGGGCUCCUUGAGUGCCCCACAACUCCAGAAAGAGACAGUCACCCCAGGCAAAGCCCCCUCCACAUUCCCAUCU